UCCGGGAUUGACACAUCAUCGGGUCCAGAAUGUGAGCGGCGCAGCCCAGCGCAGGGAGGGAUCUCGGUCAGACACUGGCCCGCUUUCAAUUACACCGAGAAGGACAAGCCUGGAGCGAAAUACCGCAGAAAGCCGGGACCAGGUAUAUCAGGGAAAGAAAAAUACUGCUUAUGAUUGCAUAGCCUUCACUGGUGCGAAUGCGGGAUCAGUGCUAAUUAUUUUCAGAGAUAUUUUCACUCUCUCCUGAUCUUCGGGGCACGGAGAGAAAGAGAAAGAAAGAGAGCUGAAUAUAUAUAGGCAGCCGCGUGUGACUAAAGUGAACAAGAUUUUAUCUCUGGAAUCAAGAGUUCCUGGCAAAGGCUUUGUUGGGCGUUGGUUUGAAGUUUAUCGCCUUUGAUUGACAAAUCUAUUUUUUUUAAAAAAGCGGUGUGGCUGGAGGAGAGAAAGUUUCGGUUCUCAAUUUUCUGACGUAUUUAUACCUGGGGAUUGCUAUGCUUAAGAUUUGUAAACGCGGCACUCUGCAAACACAGGAUUUACGAGGAGUGAAAGGGAGCUCACCAUCUGCUGCCCAGGAGUAAUUUGAUUUUAUGCUAAUGGGUUCUAUUCCUGACUGCAAAGAAUUUAAAACGGCGUAAUCAUGGGAAUGAGGUUAGUUUAUUAAAACAAAAUACUGGGCUCUGAUAUCGAUGCAAGUUAGAACACCCAGUUCUACAUACACUCCGCCUCUUGCCCUGAGCGACCAGAGAAGCGUUAAAUGAGACUACAGGAGCGCGCCCAACGUGCAGUCUAGACUGAUCUACUCUUUUUAAGUAGCGCAUCAAUGUGAGUUUUCGAAAUUCCUGUUAUUUUAAUGAACUAGGCUUUUUUUUAAAAAAAAACUCAACAGAUACACGUUUCCAUCUGGUUAAUUCACGGUUCAGCGCCAGUCUAUUAAUGCACGUUUAAAGCUAUUCCCUGAGAGCGGGAGGCUGGUUCUGUUCCAACAACGAGAUACAGAAGCACAGAGAUGGGAGAGGCACUGAAACAUGUUGACUCCGAUCUGACUUUGAGCUUCGUGAAGAGGUUGUGGCGCUAACUGGAGGCUAGUUCUGGCUGAAGGGUUUAUUUUUACAGUCAGUAUCAAACUGCUGGAGAGCUGUGUGCUCCUCUGUCCAGGCAGCUGAUUUCCAUCAGAGAUGCCUUAAAAAGGAUACCCGUGGGUGGGUUUGGAAGGGACAGACCUCGCAUUGUCAAAUGGCUUCUGUGGAAUUGGUUUAUCUCGGAGAAGGCAACAGUCAACCGUGUGCGUGGAAAGAACUGGAAUGGGGAUUGCACGCGUCGUUCCCGUGCCUCUCCAGUUCAGCACCAGGGACAGCUCCGUACGACAGCUACAGCUGUAAACACGAGCAGCGGUACCACGCAGCCGGCAAAGGCGUCCGGGUGUGCUGCUGCGACCGGGAACUGGAAACAUCUCUCACUUACGUGGACGAAAAUGUCAACUUGCAACGUGCAAGUCCGGCUCUGUCCGACAAAAGCUACACAGUGCAGUCCUACCGCGGCUCUUCCAGCGACAUCAGAACUAUCCCUGAAGGCUUGCCGGAACUCUCUAUAGAGUCUGAUGGUGACAGCUCGUCAGAGAGCUCGGACACAUCCGUGGACUAUGGCUUUAUCAGCGCCCUGCUCUUCCUGUUCAGUGGGAUCACGCUGGUCAUCAUAUCCUACGUGAUCCCCCGCGAUGUGACUGUGAAUCCAGACAGUGUUUCGGCCCGGGAGAUGGAAAACCUUCAAAAGGAGAGCGCCCGGGUCGGGGCUCACUUGGACCGGUGUGUGAUUGCUGGGCUUGGCCUUUUGACCCUAGGGGGAAUCCUCCUCUCCACUUUGUUAAUGAUCUCAAUCUGCAAAGGUGAACUAUAUCGAAGGCAGGGGCUUGCAGCUGUGGGAAGAUCGGGAAAAAUCUAUGGGUCUUUUAGCCUUCGCCUGAAAUCCCCAGGUCCCGACAGUUCCAUGCAACGUUUCCCAAUGGACGGCGACGACACUAUGAGCAUUGAUUAAAUUGUGCUGUACUUUGUAAACUUUAAACGUAUUUAAUUUGUUGACCACACAGACUGAUGUUCUAAAACUGUCCAGCUUGAAGUGGCCACAGCAUCCCAGUCCCACAAGACAACUCAUGCAACACGGACCGAGCAAAUGUCUGUAAACAAUUUCACCACGUCAAUUCCUAAAUUUUGAGGAGACUCACAAUCCAACAAUCCGCCCCCGUUCCCCCUACCCCCGUUACUUUACGCAAUCUGAUUUGUUUGUAGGAACACAGGAAUAAGAGAAGGCCAUUAAAUCUUUCGAGCCUGUUCCGUGAUCAAAGUCAAUCUGAACAUCACGUCCAUUCCCACCUCUGACCUCACUCCCCUAAUAACCCAUUAUAUUUAAAUAAACUUGAGUUGACUGCCAGCAUCCGCAGGUUUUUUAAUGGGACAACGAUCCAGAUUCCCACUGCUUUUAGCCUAAGGAAGUAAUUCCUGAUUUCAAUUCCUGGCUACAAUUUAAAAUGUUUAUCCUGUUUCCCCGCCAUCCCCAUCAAGAAAUAUACUUUCUCUUUAUCUAUUUUCUCUACCAACCGCGCCUGAUUUGAAUUGCAAUUUGGUCAACCCUCAAACUUCCUAAUUUAUGCAAAAACAAAAGGCUUAUUUCCACUUGCUACUAUUAGUUUUAUUUGUGUCUUAUCAGAAACGUUUAAUUCAUCAAGUGCAUUUACUUCUGGUACAAAAAUGAAAUGCUGAAAUUACUCAACAGGUCAGGCAUCAUCUGUGGAGAGAGAUGAGUUAAUGGUUCACUAUUGAUCUCCAUACUGCCCAUCGACCCCCAAAACACAGACUUAACUUUGGUGCCUUGAUCCAAUCAAAAUGAAAUCCAGCAACUCUCCAACAUUUUCUGAACUCUCGUUAUAUAGAAAGCCACAUGAUUAUUUAGUGACGUUAAGCCAUUUAUUGGGUAGCUCUUUCAAAGACCCGGCACGGACAUGGUAGGUCAAAUGGUCACUUUCUGCUCUGUAAGAUUCUAUGAUUCAUUUUACAGACUACAAAGUCCAGGCGCCUCAAGGAUGACUUGUACACCACUGAUGUGAGCUAUUCACACCAUAAAUGUCUGUAGUACCUCUGGUGCAAGAACAACAGGUUAACUCAUUCAUUCUAGUGCACACAGAUUGCAGCCUACUUCAAAAGGGAUCUUGAAUAUAUUUGGUUGUGUUUUCUACACAUAUUUUACACCUUGUUACUUCAGAAAAGCCAUUACUAGUUGAUCAGGAUUGUACCAUUAGUAUGCUGUUUUGUUCCCAAAUAGUACUCAUAAAUCAGUGCUCUUUGUUAGGACAAAUAUGCAAAUAAAUGUUAGCUGAAACUUGCAGUAUAUAGCUUUGUUAUUAGAGAUUUUAAAAAAUGACUAUGCUGUACUUUUUCAUUGUUUUUACCUAAUCAAAUGUCAAAUAUCACAUGUACAUUUGAAUGAAUUCAAAGGACACAAUGACAGAAAGAUGACAUUUGAAACAAAGAAAACCUGUCAAGUCUUUAGUAAGUCACUCCAUUCUAGUCAGGCAUUCUCCAAGCUGUUUUGAUUUUCUUACGGCCUCUUGGGUAUCAUAUUAGCUACGACCAGCAACAAUAAUGUGGAGGCUUUGAGAACAUUGGGUGAGUUUUGCAUUACUUCUUUAAUAAAGCAAUUUAGAUAGCAAAAUUUGGAAUCCUAAAAGGAGAGUGACACAAUAUUUUAAGCCAAAAUUUCACGCUGAAUUGGAAAGGAAUUCACAAUAUUCUGCUAUUCUAAUAAAACUUGCUUCUUGACUCUCCUCCAUUUCCUGUUUUACCUAUUGCAGUUCCUUGUACUGUUGUUUCUCCCCUACAACUUCCAGUUAGCAUUCUACAGAUUUGAUCAUUAUGCUGAUACCUCAGCUCCCAGCUCAGCCACCCAUAUUUGAGCGGACCCGUUCAUUUCGAUUCACAUCUUCUUCUCUGCCUCAGGUCUAUGCCUCCUCCAUCAGAGAAGCUACAACUGGACACUUGCCUAGCUCCCGCUGAGUGGAAUUCAUGUAUUUCUUACAGAAACAGAUAUAAACUUGUUUGUAAUUUCUAGUCUUUGUGUCCUGUGCCAUGGCAGUGCAUUAGCAGAUUAAUUAUACAGAGCCUUUCUAAUUAAACUGAAAUGGCAACUUAUGCCAGUUAUGAAAAAUGAUUAGCUCCACCAGUUACUUUAUUGUACAGGUAUUAAGUCUCUAUUUACUUAUUUACUGUAAGUUUUUAUGCCUUAUUCAGUAGUAUCAUAUUUAUUUUACUGAUAUGUUCAAUGGUUUAACAAAAAAAAUUGGUUUAAAAUAAAGUGCUCUUUCAAUGGUA